AUGGAAAACGUCAAGACAAACAUCUCCGGACAUGCUAUUACAGCGUCGUCAAUCCCGACUAUGAGCGUCACCACCGAGGAGCGUGAGCGAGUAUUUGAGCAAGUCUGGCAGACUGGCAAUGGAAUCAAGUUCCUUUUCGGUACUUUUGGAGAUAUUGCCAUAGAUGACGAAGCGAAGAAAGAGGCGGCAGACUUCAUUCGCAGAAAGAUUAAGCACAAUGUCAAAGACCCCAUCAAAGCCCGCACUUUAACUCCGCCUGGUGGAUUCAACCGCCGCCCAGUCACAACCCAUGGCUACUACGAGACUUUUAACAGAGAAAAUGUUAACGUUGUGGAUGUGUUAAGUACAUCCAUGGAAAUUGUUCCAAAUGGCAUUCAGCUCUCGGACGGUACAGUGCACAAUCUGGAUGUCAUUGUGUUUGCUACGGGCUUUGACGCUGUCGAUGGCAUGUACCAUGAGAUCUCGAUAGUUGGACAGAACGGCCGGACGCUACAGGAUCACUGGGCCGAUAGAGUGAAAGCAUACCUGGCCACUACGAUGAAUGGUUUCCAAAUAUGUUUGUGGUCAACGGACCUCAAGGCCCAUUGA